AUGAAGACCGCAUCCAGCCUACUUCAAACCAUCGCCUUCGUCGCGACGUUCGUCUCGGCGGCCCCGACGCUAGAGACCUCUUUGUUCGCCCGCCAGGCCAUAAGCACUUUGUCCACAGCGCAGAUUGCUUCAUUCAAACCAUUCUCGUUUUUUGCGAGUGCGGCAUAUUGCCAGCCAGCCAGAACUUUGGCGUGGUCUUGCGGAGCUAACUGUAACGCGAACGCUGAUUUCAUCCCAACUGCAUCCGGCGGUGACGGCUCUUCGACACAGUUUUGGUAUGUUGGCUUCUCGCCCUCGCAGAACUCGGUCAUCGUAGCCCAUCAAGGGACGGAUACCUCUAAAAUCCAAGCUCUGCUCACUGACGCGGAGGCCGUUCGAGGGAAACUAGAUGCUUCUCUCUUUCCGGGUGUUCCGAGUGCAGUUACCGUCCACGAUGGUUUCCGUAACGAGCACGCGAAGACCGCACCAACAAUUCUCGCUGCUGUUCAACGUACUUUGUCUGCUCAUCCUGCGUCGAAGCGAGUCACCGUUGUCGGCCACUCCUUGGGCGCUGCUCUGGCUCUCUUGGACGGAGUUUACUUACCACUUCACAUUUCUGGUGUCACAUUCCGCACCAUUGGGUACGGCAUGCCGAGGGUCGGAAACCAGGAUUUUGCCAACUACGUUGACUCUCACAUCUCUCUGACCCAUAUUAACAAUAGUAGGGAGGACUUCGUACCCAUCCUGCCGGGAAGAUUCUUAGGUUACAGUCACCCGGCGGGUGAAGUUCAUAUCCAAGAUUCGGGCGCUUGGACUUCUUGUUCAGGGCAAGAUAAUACGAAUAGUGCUUGCACAGUUGGUGAUGUUGGUAACAUAUUCGAGGGACACGCAGGUGAUCACAGUGGUCCGUACGAUGGUGAGCUAUCUGCUAUCUCCGUAUCAGAUGAUCAGCUCGAUUGA